UUGCUCUUUCUUUUUUGCACGCUGACGGGACGCCUAAUGAGUGCGUGACGGUAGGGUGAGGCGGACGACGCACUGGUGGAGGGACGGAGAGGCGAACGCUUGCCGGACGACAGCCAAGCGAGCGAUCGGCCAAUCGCUGACGCUGCCGGGUCCCGUGCUCAGCCAAAACAUUGCGGCGAGAGCGCCAGUGCCAGUGCCAUCGUAGCUCAGUCAGUCGGAAGCAUGCUUUGCAGUGAGUUGUGUCGUGAUGCCUGUGUUUAGCAAUCAAGAAAAGAUAGACAUUAUUGCAGUUUUUCGUGAGGUGGACAACAGCCCGCGGCGGGCUCGGAGGCUCUACGCUCAAAGAUUCCCUGGACGAUUGCUGCCCUCUUUGGGCGUUUUUGCUAGGACAGAAAUGAACCUGCGCUUGCACGGUGCAUUUGGAAUUCCGAUGAUCGGAAACAGACGCAUCGUGGACGACCCCCAUCUCCGUGCACUUGUUGUCGAGCAUGUCAACGACAACCCCCACAUUGGUCAAAGGGGAAUCGCCUUGGCUCUGGGGACGAGUCGCCACUCGGUGGGACGCAUUUUGAAGUCGGAAUUUUUCCACAAUUUCAAAGUGCAUCUCAACCAAGAGUUGCGUGACGGAGACUUUCAGAGGCGAGUGGACUUCUGCAAUUUUAUGCUGCAGCAGUUGCAACUUCAGCCCAACUUCCAGCAUGAAAUUUGUUGGAGUGAUGAGUCAACCUUUUCUAGUGAAGGCACCGUCAAUAGACACAACAUGCAUUACUAUUCUAUUGACAAUCCUCAUUGGAUGCAGGAUCGUCAUAUCCAGGGAGGGUACAUCGUCCCGUACAUCGUACAUUAA